CGCCGUCAGCUAAUAAUGAUGUUUGGUUUGGGGCUUCAUGUUUUCUAAUUUUAACUAAAAAUGUAGGUACAAUCUUAUAGUCUUAUUGUGCUAGGAUAGUUUUAUGUAUAGAACAUCAAAUAGAAAAUUAAGAUGCUCCAUGACGAUCUACUAGAGGACCUUGAAUGUCCUAUAUGCUGCGAAUACUUAAUACCGCCCAUUAGAAUGUGUAACACAGGACACAGUAUUUGUAACCAGUGUAGGGAAAAAAUUAGCAUUUGUCCGAUGUGUAGUAGCACAUUUUCAACAGGUCGCAAUGUAACGUUGGAAAGUGUAGCCAACAAAAUAAAAUAUCCCUGUGAGUACAGGCGGUAUGGAUGUACGGAAAAAAUGGACCUUAGCGAACGGAUCCCACAUCAAAAAAAAUGCUCGUACAAAAUUAUUAAAUGCCCUAAGGAAAAUUGCAAGUUUGUAGGUGUACUUAAUGAUUUAAUUAACCAUUGUUGGGAAAACCAUGAAAUCUUAAACGUAGAUACGCGUUCUGACAUAAGCUACUUCUUUCUUACCCAUGAUUCAUUAUCAAACAGCUAUUUAUUGAGACAAUAUGAUAGCAAUAAAUUCAUAUAUUUUUGGUUACGAGCAAAAAUUGUAUGCUUUCAAGUUUAUUUAAGUAUACAAAUGCUUGCAGAACCCAAAGAAGCUUCCAAAUACAAUUAUCAAAUUCAAUUUACUGAUGGAAUUAGAACCAUAUUGUAUUCAGAUACUUGUCAGUCCAUUUUUGUAGAUGACGAAGAUCUAUUUAAAAUUUCCGAAAGUUGUUCUCUAUCUAUGAAGUCUUAUCUGUUUUACUCAAAAUCCGAAUCAUUCAGAAAAACAAUUACUAUUGAAAAACCUGAUAAAAAUAAAAAUUAUUCGUGGUUUUAUCUAUUCAUUUUACUAGUGUUAAUAUUUUGCGUAUUUCAAUAUUAUUUUUAUCCUAUUUACCAUACUGUAUUUUCGAUUCCCUCGGUUAGUGAUAGCAAAGUGGACAAAGUCAAAACCAAGCACAAGUCUAAAAAACAUUACAAACAUUUAGAUGAUGAUGAUAAUAAUAAUAGUAACAUUAAUACUGAUUUCACUUACGAAGAUUGGAUAAUACUGAUAUUUUUCAUUUUACCCGUAUUAUUUAGUUUUAUUCUAGUUUUUAAAACAUUACGACGCAUCUUAACAUUUAUCAGAGUAGAAAUAGGUAUUUAAAAAGUUGUGAAACAAAUUUGAUCUGUUUAUUAUAAGUACAGGAUUGGGCAAAAUGAGGAGAU